UUAAACUGUAGAACAAGUCAGUUAAGACUGGUUUUGGGGAAAAAAUGUUUAUGAAACUUAUACGUUCCUUUUUUUAUGUAAAGACCAUCAGAUCAUGGAGACAAAUUCAAAAUUUUCUGCUGAGGCCUUUUAAAUACUUGAGAAAAUAUAAAAUUACAGGACAGGUUUUUUUUGUAAAUUUCUUUGCUUAGCUAAUAUUUUUGUUUAGAUCAUAGGCGCAAACAGAUCAUUUGCACCUCUUAUUAGAUGGCAAGUGGCUAGAAUUCUGCAUUUCCAGCAUUUUGGAGUUGCUCAGGUUCCAGGUAAGGAAGGUAUAUGAACUGAACAUUGUGCUUCUGGUCCACGUAAAUCAGCAUCACUCCAGUAAAGACGACGAAUUCUUGCCAAUCAAAAUUAAUGGCAAUUAUCCCUAUUCUAGAUAUUGCAGACUGAAUUUAUCCCAGGGACAGAGCGUCAAAGGUACACCGACUCUGAUGGAAUCACUCUCUAAAUGAGUUGGCUCGUUGCAUUGGCAGGGUGGAAACAGCAGCUCUUAUCUUAACCUGCUGUUUGUUAGCUUCACCCAUGCUUAGGACUUGUGACAGGGAACGUUGCUGAAAUUUGGCAGUAUGAAAGCAUUCCCCACAGAUAUUUUGCUGCCAACUGCAAAGACUGACAGGAGACACAGAUGGUAGUUUUCCUGGAAACUAUAAUGUAAUGCCAUUUCCUAUUAGAAACAUUGGUGAAAGCUGACCCGAUGACUUAUCAACAAGCCAUCACGCUGACCAUGUAGGAAACUCUUGUGAAACAGACUCAGACUGCAGGGACCAGGUUUCCAGUAAAUGCAAAAAUACCGACAUAGUUCUUUCUCAGAUAACAUUUAUAAGAAUGAGUAUAAAACUGGUUUGAGUUUAGCGUUUGAAGGGGAAAAUUGGCCCUCAGCAGAGUUGUGCUAAGGCUGAAAUGACUUCAAAAUUUGUCACAUCCGUUGGAGAUAAACAGGUGACAAAAGAGGAGGAAGAACUUACCGCAGAGGAAAGGAGGAAACUGGAAAGAAAAUUAAAAAAAGACCGCAAGAAGAAGGAAAAACAGCUGAUGAGGGAAGCUGGAAUCUCUACUAAAAAGGUGGAACCCAAAAAGCAGUCAGGAUCUGAGCUGGCUCUGGCCUAUUUAACCAGCUGGUCUGAAAACCCAGAAGAAUGGAAGUUUCAAAAGACAAGACAAACCUGGCUUCUCUUGCACAUGUAUGAUAAAGAGAAGGUUCCAGACAAGUAUUUCACCAUUUUACUGGAUUAUCUGCAAGGGCUUCAAGGUGGUGCGCGAGACAUAACUGUGCAGAAAGCUGAAGCUUUUAUGAAGGAAUUUGAUGGUUCUGAUGCAGAAGACCCAAACCUGUUGGAGAAGUGCGAGCGCAUACGACAAGUUCUGCAGCUGCUGUCCUGAGAGUAUUUUUGUGUUUUAAUGAUGGUCUGGUGGAGAGAAGAAUAGGAUGUCAUAUACAGAGACUGUAAAUUAGUUGUAAAGACAUAUUUUCUAAUAGGAAUCCUAAUACUAAAUUUUCAGAUUUUCUACCCAUAAUUUUUUCCAAUUGCAAAUAUUUAUAAUGUUUUGAGGUGAUGAAAUAAAAAUAACAUUUGGUCCGUAGACAUGCUAUUAAAAGUAAUCUUACUGCGUAUCUUUAGAAAAAUAAACCUUUCUCUCUUGUUAGUUUUUCUCUACCUCCCUCUGUAAUUACUGUUAAAUAAGAGGAGCUUUGCAGUUCUUAAUAAGAAGAGCAAAGGAACCAACAAAAAGCCUGGAGGGUCUUCUACAAUGGCAGAUUUUAAAAUGAGCAUACAGUACAGUGCUUGCUCAGCCAGCUGUAAUCUAUCACUUUCAGCUUUAGAAGUAUGUCAUUUGGAUUUGGGAAGGAUCAUUUUCAGUCUGUUGAACAUGGGUUGUAUAACACAGUUGCUCAUUAGUACUUCACACAGCGAUCUGGAGAUACCGUCAGCUUUGUUAGUUUUCCUUUUAUAUUUUAAAGUUUUCAAAUGCAUUAUGGCAAUUGUUUAGAUAUUCAGAUAAUGCAUGGAUGGGAGCAGAUCAAAUCCUUUGACUAUAUGCAGCGAAAUCAUCUGGUUGUACAUAAACUUAUCCACCGAUGCAAAGUGCUGUGCUGCAAUGUUUUGUAUCUAGCCUGCCGAUACUGCAUUUUCAUCUUUCUCUUGUAAUUGGCAUCCAAAAGAGUUAAUUUGUGUUCAUUCGCUUUGACGUGGGACAUUUGUCUCCUAUGAACAUGCUGAAAAUGAGGUUUUCAAGUAAAAACCAAGGACAUUAAUUACUCAAAAGUCGGAUGAUUGGCUUAUUUAAUAACACUUGUAUUCAGACAAUGUUCUCGACCUGAUUCUUUAACGUUUCUGCAAACAUUGUUCAUACUUUAUUAAUAACAACUAUAUAAAUGUGUAGUGUUUUGGAAGAGUGGCUGUCUUGGGGAAUUACAGCUUUAAUUUGGAUGGGUGAAGGAGGGGAGGAUCUAUGGAUAUGCAGGCCUAAUUUUUCAAUAAGAAGCAUUUGAGUGGAUUUGACAGCCUUCACAGUCGUGGAUUACUACAAAUCUUUAAAAGUAUGAAACAUAUUACUAGUAACAAAUAACAUGCUUUCUGACUUCUUGAAGAUGAUGUUUUCAGCCAAAAAAAAAUAGACAGCAGCAUGCCCUGUUCUGACACAAUAACUGUGAUGGGAGUUCAAUGCAACAGCAAGAGAAUUCAGCAGCAGUGGCCAGCCUCUCCGUUGAGCUGCCGCUGGUUCGUCCGCAGCUCAGGUGCGGAUCCUGUACCAUGGGGCGAUGGUUGGAGGAGGGUUGCAGAGGGGCGUGCAUGCAGUGUCAAAGCCUUUCUGAGGCCCAAAGCUAUAUAAAACUGAUCUUCCAGUGUAAAAGCUGGUGAAAAGGCUCUGUAAUAAAAAGAAGUGAUACUGACAUUUAGUGAACUCAUAAAAGAUCAUUGGAUCUUAUAUCUUAUGUCUGAGAAUAGGCAGCUGGGAAAAACUACUGUCACUCCAAGCAGAAGCUGAUACUUUUUUCUUUCCAUCAGGAAAAAUAGGAAUUUCUCAGGGAUGAAGUUUUCAAAGUGUCUUUUUGCGACUUUAUGAUUGCAUUUUAGGUGUCAGAGAAGAGUUUGUAUUCUUUCUUAAGAUAUUUGAAAAUCACCACUUUUGAUUUCUCUAUCACACAAAAAUGUGGGUCCUCAUUGCGUACUUAAUAUACCCUGUAGUUUAAAAGCAAAAGCACAUUGCAACUGUAUUUUGGAAGAGACUUGUAAGAAAGAGUGUGAAGGUAAGGUCCAGGCAAAAAGAUGUGAACCUUUUAUGAUUUUGACAGUUUUGGCAAGAUUUGCCUUUCUUGGACCUUGGUUCUGACCAUGUGCAAAUGUUGACAAAUCUGUGAGAACAGAGGCUUUGUCGAUCAAGAACGUCAUAUUUCUUUUUAUAUCAAUUAAUAUUAAAAGCACAUAAGGCCUGCCAAUCUGGAGUCCAUGUGAACAAUAACAUUUGGAAAAGAAGUUAGAGACUCUCACCAGUGCAGUAAUAGACCUCUGUGAGUGAGGUCCUGCUCCGCUCUCCUCUUCCUCAGCCACAGUUCUAACUUUCCCUUCAGUGUGACCGAUUACUGGGUGAAGGACAUGCUUCUUGCUGUUAUGGAAAAUUCAGAAGCUAAAAGCUAAGGUAAUUGUUGCUGUGGUUAUGCUUGGUAGAGAAAGCAAAGUAUGAUGUUUUCUGCCACAUGUCUCUUGGUGUAUGGUGCUGUUCAAUGGUCAGUGGUGUGUCAAAAUUGGGUAAAAGGCUUGUAAAAUUUCCGCCUUUUAUUGUUACUGUAUAUGUCUUGCGUUUCAAAGCUCAAUAUGAAAUAUUUUAAGUGUUCUCUUAAACUUGAUGUUGCAGUGCAAAUAGGAAAGGACACUUAAUUGCAUUUUGCUUUUUUACUUUGCCCCUUUUUCUUAAAGAAUCUUCAACUGGUUGGCAAACAAGUCAUCUUCAAAACACCCAUGAAACGCAAAACCAAGCACUAUUUUGGGAGACAUGUAUUGCUAGGCCCAUUUUAAGGACAAGAUUGUGAGGACCCAGACAGCUUACUCAACACAGCCUGCAAAUGCAAUAAUGUCUCUGGCAAUCAAAUUCUGUCUUUUCCAUAUGCUAGCCACCAGGCCAGCUUCUGCUUCCUGCUCAGCUUGACAUUUUAAUCUAGGGAUUUACAUUGCGUGAUGAAUAAGUAUAGCAAGAUUUCCUCCAUCGUGUAUUUUAAAUUAUGUAUUUUAAAUUAUUAAGUUUAUAAUCAGUUACUGAAUUUCUGUAGCUGGUCAAAGCUGUACAGGAAGAUAUAAUCUGGCACUUCAUUCACUUUGUUUUGUCAUUUGGUCACGUAGAAUUCUCAAAUCUCAACGUCGCUUGUAGCUUAGGCAAUCAUGGAUACAGAUAGGAAAAAAUCAUGUCUCUGCCUCCGUUUAAAUCAGUCUACUGUGUUAAUAAAAACUGCAUCCAAGGCUAGAAGUAACAGUGUGUACAGACUGACAAAUUACAUCUUCAUCUGCCUACUCUAAUUGUCUUCUAGUUGAGUUAAUCUGUAUCGUGUAGCUUUGGCUAGAAGAAUUCGUAUCCUAAGAGAAUGCUGAAGUCAGGACUUCUAGGCAAAGUCAAGGAACAUUAAUUACUUAGAACUGCUUAAAGCUGGAACUGUGCCUCUAAUGGAAGCACUAAUUACUCAAAAUUUGACGACGUAAAAAGUUCCCUUUAAUUUGGCUGAUGCUUUCUAUGGAUUGUGUAUCUUCUUGGUUCUCCGCUGCCUGCCCACAAUUUUGAUUUGUUAUCACCAUUGUAAAAUUACUGGGUAAAUUAAUUCUCUGUUGUUAUUUGGAAAGGGUGUGUCGUAGUUGGUGAAUGUGUAGUUUAUUUCCUUAUUUCCUCUCACUGGAGAAUGGCUUAGCUGUGUUUCUGUUGAUUUUAAAGCAAGGUGAGUCUUGACUCAUCUCCCAUCAUUUCAAAGAGUUUAGAAAUGCACUUUGGUUUGAGCUUGGGUUUGGGUUAUUUUGUUUCGUGUUUUUUAAACUUUUGCCACUGAGUAAGGCAAAGUAACGAACGUUAAAAUCUACUCACAUUUCUGCAAAUCGGUGCCAGAAAAAACAAUCAUAAAAGAGAUUUAAGUUGCAAAGUCAAGCACUCAGAAAAUUAGAAAACAUAAGAACGGAAAUUUUCUGUGUAAUUUUAAUUUUACUCCUUCACGCAUAUGUAGUAUGAUGCAACUUCUAAUUAUGUCAUCAGUGCUGUAUUUUCCAGUGUGUAUAACUGAUAAGCCAUUUAUUCAGUGUUUUCCUUGCAGUUCUGCUGCUAUUGUCAUUUUCAUAAUUUAGGUCUACAAAGUAGUGCUAAAGCUAGAGAAAUAACUUUGCUGUGUGGAUUCAAUCCUGCACAGAAGAAAUAAGUAGGAACUUUCCUAUUCAUUUGGUAUAGGAACUAGUCAUAGAUGUUUCAUCACAAAUGUUCCCUUUAAAAGAUGUUCUAAUGUUCUGAUUCAUUUACAGUCAAAAUACUGAAUUCAUGUUACUUAAUUUAAAUCCAGUUUUGUUGACAUAAAACUUUCCAGUGGCUUA